CGUGAUGCAACGAACGGCUUCAUAAUGAAUGGUGACAGUCAUGCUCCAAUGGACACAGAAUCUAACGAGAACAAAAAGUCCCGAAUGGAGUACGUGGAGACCGUCCCUUCGAAAGUUGUGCACAUCCGAAACAUGCCUAACGACGCCUCCGAACAAGAAAUCGCCUUGCUCGGAAUCCCAUUCGGACUGCUCGAAAAUAUGGUGCUCUCGAAAAAAGCCGGACAAGCUUUGAUAGAGAUGCAGUCGUUGGAAAGUGCUAUUCAUAUGGUGUCGUAUUACCGCGAGUAUCAAGUGACUUUACGUGGUCGUAAUUUGGUGAUGCAGUUCUCAAAGCACCAACACCUGGAAUUACACUCAGAAAACACAAAUAUAGGUGAUGCAAUCAAAAACGCCAACUGUAUCGUACAGCAAGAUCUUUGUGGUGCUAACUGUGGUAUCCCCAACACCGUCUUGCGGGUGCUAGUAGAUAAUAUAAUGGGUCAGCAAAUCAAUCACACGAUCCUUCACAAAAUAUUCUACAGAUAUGGAAAAAUCCUGCGUAUCAUCACCUACCUGAAAAACAAUCAAUAUCACGGGCUAAUAGAGUUUGAAAACCAUAUUCACGCCUUUGUGGCUAUGUUGCACCUGAACGGACAAAAUAUAUACACGGGUUGCUGCUCUCUGCGUGUAGAGUUUUCCAAAAAUCGUGGUCCACUAGAGGUUCGCCAUGAAAAUGAUAAAUGCAGAGACUACAUCAAUAACCCUCUGACCGAAGAGGAAUUAAUCAACCUCCGUCGCUACACUUCGGGUUCGAUGACCAGUGGUACCAGCGGGGGCGGUGCUCCGCACGGUGGUAACCCCACCGGUAUGGUACAACAUUUUCAAGGUGCAGUUGUUCCUGGCAUGACUCCGCAAGGGCUUCACCUCCCUGUUGGUAUGAUUGCGCCUCCAAGUACGAGCAAUGCUGGAAUCAACGAUCUUACUGCGCAGUUAGCUGCACUAGCACAACAGUCUGGACUGGCACUUACUCCGGCGGCGGUUGCUGCCACCGCUAGCUUCAUGGCAAUGACGGCACAAAAUAAUGCGGUGGGUGCACAGUCCGUGCCAAGCACACCAAACCUCGCGGCACUGCUGGCUGCUAUUCAGGGAGGUACAGUACAAAAUCCCAUGAUGUCACAUCUUACUGGUGGCAACCCGGGCCCCUUAGGGUCGCAUGCGCUGAGCCAACAUGGUACUGCUCCUGGUGCCCGGCCUCCACCGAACAACAACGGAGGGACGGUUCUCAUCGUAUCCAAUCUUCACGAGGAGAGAGUGUAUCCGGACGCUCUUUUCACCCUCUUUGGUGUCUACGGUGACGUGACGCGAGUGAAAAUAAUGUUCAAUAAGAAAGACACAGCCUUGGUCCAAUUCGCAGAUCCUCAGCAAGCCCUAACAGCCCUCCAGUUCCUUUCUGGUCAACGUUUAUGGGGUAAAACUAUGAAGAUAGCAGUCUCCCGACACAACGUUGUCCAAUUGCCCCGCGAAGAUUCCGACAACGGUCUUACGAAAGACUAUAGCACGAGCUUGUUGCACCGAUUCAGAAAGCCGAAUUCGAAAAAUUACAUGAAUAUUUACCCUCCAAGUCAUGUGCUCCAUUUGAGCAAUAUACCGCCUACAAUCUCCGAGGAAGAUAUACGACUUCUGUUUGCCGCUAAAGGAUUUGAGGUGACAGGAUUUCGAUUUAUGCAAAAAGAUAAAAAGAUGGCCCUCGUUCAGCUGGACUCUAUUGAUACUGCAAUACAAGCGUUGAUUGAGCUUCACAAUACGCAGUUGACGGAAAAUUCCCAUCUACGGAUCAGUUUCAGCAAAUCCGCAGUUUGA